AUCAUCAUCGUUGCCUUUUUUCUCUUCACCGUCCUCAAGGUUGAUCGUCGCGUACAAGGCGAAGGGAACUACUAUCGUAUGCUUGGCAUACCUCUCGAUGCGGACCAGAAGAUGGCCAAAAAGGCUUUUCGUAUCAUGGCCAAAAAAUACCAUCCGGACAAAAUUGCUCCAGAGGAAGCGCACAAUGACACUUUUAUCCACCUGCGAGCCGCACUCAGCGUGAUUAGCGACCCUGAUCUUCGUCACGUCUACAAUCGUUAUGGU